AAUGCCGUUUCUACGACAGUCUUAGAAGUGCAAAUAAAAGGUCGUCUGAUUAUAUUCUGGAUUAUUCCGAAGACGUUGUGUUAAGUGAUCACGAUUUAGAAACGAACUGGUAUCGAAUUAUAAGUGACAACGGAGACAUGAUGCCGACUUCUGCUCCAGGAUAUAAGCAUUGCGGAACGAUUUAUCCAAUCUGGCUGAAUGGACAACUGCCAAGUUAUGAGGAUGGUAAUGUGACGAGAGAGGCUUGCCUUCAGACAAAAAAUGACAUAUGUGAACAAAAGAUUAAUAUACAGAUUAAAAAUUGUGGUAGAUUUUAUAUUUAUUACCUUCAACGUUCAACGGAAAACUCGUCGUAUUGUUUUGGUAAAGGUCCAGUUUUCUGUCCAGAUGGAAUGUCGUCUGAUACUGGAUAUUAUCCAGGAUGCACAUCAAACUUUCCAAAAGAGAUUGUACCAGUAAAUGUUGACGCUGAACUAAUAGAAGGACAAAGCUAUCCUAUACCAAUACAUGGUAACCAGUUCUAUCCUAGCUUAUUACCAGUAUUCCGAUGUAAAUUUACUGAAGUUUCAGAAGUCAGCUACGUUUAUGACGUUCUUUGGUACAUUAAUGGAGUUCAUGUAAUCAGUCAUUUGAAUUUACCGUUUGAAAAUAUCAAUUCUACGGUCCUGAGAGAUACAGAUUGGAUAAAUAAAUUUAAGAUGAACAUGGAGGUGAAAUGUGCUAUUCGUAUGAGAUAUUCAACAGAUUCAGUACCAGGAUUGCAUCUUUACAGUCAACAUUAUCAAGCUGGAGUUUAUCCAGAAAAAUAUGAAUAUACUGUUAUUGAAGGUGAAUCAAUCGACAUAACCUUUACUUCGACUGUACCCGUCGGAUGCAUAUCAUCACAUGAUGCCGUCAGAAGACACUGUGAACAGAAUUUAUACAUUUUUCAACCGAAGAAUGAUCAAACUUCAGCAUCAUGCAGGAACAACAUUGCUAAAAAAGAUGUAGUUUUUAAAGCUCAAUUCUGUGGUAUCAGCAUUAAAAGUCUCCAUUGGCAAAAUGAAAACAAACUGCGUGUGUAUGGUUUUAGUGACUCAAUGUAUAACUAUCAAGACAGAUCAACUGUCCUAAAGAUAUCUACAUCAGCAGUAUCGGAUUUAAAUGAUAUGUGGAAAGAUAUACAAGUUCCAGAUAUAAAGGUCACAGUUAUAGACAAGGAUUCGAUACUUAUUAACAGGCAAUGUCGGUCUUACAACGACCCACAUAUAACCACCUUUGACGGGAGAUUGUAUCAUUAUAUGGAUGUUGGCGAAUUUGUGAUGUACAAAAAUGACAAGGGUCCAUAUUCGGUGCAUGCUUUAUUCACAAACUGUGGAUUUGGUUGGGUUGGGUCAUCUUGUCAUUGUGGUAUAGCUGUAAGAAGUCGCAAUUCAUUGUUUGUUUUACGGACAUGCCAGACGAUAUCAAGAACAGAGAAGCAUUUACUUCAAGAACCUAUUACUAAGCUUAUAAGCUGUGAUGAAAAGGAUUUAGUAAUAGAACAUGAUACAAGUCAUUACAAGAUAACUUUGCCUACCGGAACAGAAAUCAAAUUUACGAUAUCAAGAUGGUCAAAGUUUAUAUCAAUGAUUGCAAUAAAACCAUCUAUAUUUGAUAUAAACGAAGCAAGAGGUCUAUGUGGUGUUCCAAGUACAACAAAGGACCAGUCGGACGAUUUUACUCAUCGUCAAAACGGACCUGUCGACAAUUACCAGGAUUUUGCAGAUUCUUGGAGAAUAUCUCCAUCAAUGCUUGAGGAACAGUUGUUUAGCAACGAACCAGUUUUUCUAAGCUACUCAGUUGAAGAGAAUGGCAACAGUGUUACAGAGAACAAUUCCACGCGUUACUGUACUUGUGAGCGACAAGCUAGCAGCACAGACACACUAGAUGAUUUUAAUACUGUGCAAUGCAAUUUAACCGAAAGUACAGAAUUUUGUUCAGAAUCCUUCAAGACUGAAGAAGACACUAUUUCUUCUUUUUAUACUUCAUGUUCAAUAUCGAAAAGAAAAAAGCGAUCUGUGAACUUGUUGUACAAAAUUGUACGCCGCAGCAUCAGUGGUGAUGAUGAUGUGAUUGAUUUACCACCAUUAACAUACGACAAGAGUGUAUUCAAUACAGAAGUAACGAGCCCGGAAACAUUUAUAAAUGGUUGGACGGAAGAAACUGCAUUGCAGACGUGCAUGGAAAAAAUAAACAAUGCUCUUCCAUCAGAGUUGACCAAUUUGGUAGAUGUAUCGGUAACGGAAUAUGUUGAAUCAUGUGUAUUGGAUAUAAAGCUUGUCGGUGAUACAACUUUCCUUCCUGAUACUAUUGAUACUAUGCUGACCUACAUCAUGACAGAAGUACUGAGGAAUGAAUCGUUGUACAUACUUAAUACAACAGACGGAUCACAGACUUUAAUGGAUUAUGUCACAAGCUUCCUGUGUCCUAACAACUGUAGUGGAAAUGGAAACUGCACAUUGGGUGUUUGUAUGUGUAGCGGAAAAUAUAUUGGUGAUGACUGCUCUCAAUCAAUUUCAAUCCCGCCAUCAAAUACCAGUCUUCCCUUUGACGGGCUUUGUACACUUGGAACACGUGACUGCAGGAGCACAAAUAUGUACGGAAAUUUUCUCUCCAGGAUUGUCUGGUACAAACUGAAAUAUUUUCAGAUUAUCACAGAUUCCAUUAAAUAUAUAUCAGAAGGCACUGUCUUCGAGGCAAAUUUCAGAAAUAUUUUCAUGGUAUCUGUAGAUUUGGAGUCCUCCAGGAGAAAGAGAGCAACCUCCGAAACAUUUAUGGCAGAAGGAUAUGAAAUCAGUCUUUCAUAUGAUGGCACAAAUUUUGGAGAAUCUACCAGAAUAAUCAUAUAUGAUGAAACUUGCUAUUCGUGUAAUUCAACAUCUAUCGAAUGUGUUCAACUGGAUUUCUGCAAUCCAACUGUUCCUCCUACAACCCAGAAUGAUGACAAGAAAUCAUUUGUGGUGAUAGCUGCUGCUUUAGGAGGGUUGUUUCUCGUCAUUAUUGUGGUCAUUGGAUUUAUAUAUUACAAAGUCAAAACAAACAAUACAAGAACAAAAAUCAUUCCUGAUCAACAAGAAAGAAAGCCGAGCUUUUAUCUUGAACAGAGCACCGGAAGCCAGAUUUGGGUGACAACAGAUAAAUCUAUCAGCGGCCUGCAACUUGAAAUCGAUGACAGUAGAGGUAACACACCUUUUGAGAUGUUUGAAAAACAGUUGCCGCCAUGGAGUCACUACAACCACAACUUAUAGAUAGAGCCUGUUAAGAAAGAAAAUUUAUCUCAGUAAUUGAAGGCUUAAGCUGGAGAAGAAUAGUUUAUCACCUGCAAUCAAUUUAUUAAGUUUUUUAUAUAUAUUAAAAUAAACGCAUUUGAUAAUGAAGUAAGUAUUACAGAAAGGGUGGCUUUGAUUAAAGCCAAACAAAACGUGUCUUAUACUAAAAUGUAAUAUAAUGCGCUGUUUUCAGACUGAAAUAAUUCAAAUGUAACAUUAAGUUAUUUAUAAAUAAAAUAUUGUUCAAUUUAUUUUUUCUGAGAACACAGUAUAGUCAUAAUCUUUUAUGGCAAAUAGGGGGACAUAUAAAUAUUUUGUUAUUUUUUUUUUGUUAUUACUAUUUUGUAUACAUCAUGUGGAUAUGUAUUUUUUAAGAAAAUCAAGACUGAAUUAAAAGUGUUAGGACUCUUUUGUCGGCAAUCUAAAUACAUUUUGUACAAAUCCUUCACUGAAUUCCAUAUUUUACUUCAUGAACAGGGGUGUGCUCCUGACACAUAAUUUGCUCCAACCGAGUUUUGAGGAAAUACGAUUGAAAUCGACGCCACAUAAGCUUAGGUUUACGGGCACAAUCACGAGUUUAUUGACCAAUACGAUGUUUCUGUGUACUAACUCAAUAGCGACAUUUUUUUCGCGGUGUUAGAUAUUUAUAUACCACAAUAGUCGUCAGAUCUGUCAAUUUAUACCAAUUGUGACCAGUUCUAAAUUGUUAAAUUUUGACAGAGCGUGUAUUCGCAUGUCGACGCACCCUGGUCUCACUGCUGUUGGUUUUCAUAUGAUUCUCUCGGUUUUUGUUUUUAUACACCCGCUCGACAGCGUUGGGGUAUUUUGGAAUCCGUAAGUCCAUUCGUCUGUCCGCCCGUCACACUUUUGGCUUCCAUUUGAUACAUAGAGAACCGCUGUUUGAAUUAAAUUUUAAUAGAAUAUUUUGGACACUAAAGACAGGUUUGGUUGGAUUAUCUUCUUUUUAACGUUUACCGUUCAAAAUAAAUGGUACUUGAUUGUUGGAAAAAUUCUGAAUUUCAGGUUUCCAGAUGAUAAAUGGGGAACUGCAGUUUUAAGUCAUUAACCUUGGUUUAUAUCUUAUUAGUUAGCCCUGGACAAAUAUAGUCCAUAGUCUAGACAAUUUAUUACUUGCAAAUUUUUUUCAUAAACCUUUUCCAUUUAUUUCGUCAUGUUAUAUGACUCAAAUAGCAAGACGGAGGAUAAAAUUACACUUCUUAACAAAAAUUGGGUCAUGAAUGUUGCAGUUGAAAAAUGUCAAAAAUUAGAAUGUCUGAAGAUGUCUAACUAUAUUCAUGACCCCCUUUAUAUAAAUUUCAUCAUAUGUUGGGCUAGAGCUGAUGACGUUUUCGUUUUAUGUUAUAAUUUGUCCAAAAAGAAGAACAUCAUACUGUAAAAUUAUUUUGAAAUGGUGUGAUUUUAAAAAAAAAAUUAAUUUGCAUCUAUUGUCUAAAAGAAAUGCACUACAAGAUAACAUUCUUCUCGGAGUUUUACGAAAUUUGAACAUCGGUAAACUAGUGUUGCCCCAAAUUUACCAUGAUUUUAUGCCUUUAAGGUAAUUAUUGAUUAGUUUGGUUGUGGUGAGUGUUUUGUUUUAAAUAUAUUCUACAUUCUUCGUUGUUUAUCGAAAUUUUUACUAGUCUUGUUUUUUUUUAUAGUCCAUAUUUAAAAAAAAGACAAUUUGAUAUAUAGUAUAUUCACAACUUUUAUUUCCGUAAAAGAUAUUUCAAAAACUGGUCAUAUAACAAUGUUCAUAUAAACCAAAACGGAAGAUAUGGUAAGAGCCAUUAUUUUGCCCCCGAAAUUGCAAAAAUAGUUAAAUUGUUUGAACCUUUCAGAAUUGUGUAAAUUUGAUGGUCGAAUGAUUAGGAUAAUAUGAUCUGGACAUUAUAGUGAUGAAAUGUCAAUUUGAUGGCAUACACAUGUCGAAAUUGGCAUAUUUGAUCUAACAUGUCAAUUUUACACAUAUAAUCAAUCAGAUAUCUUGUUGUAAAAUAUCUGUUUGUGUUAAUCUCAUAUCUAUAUUAUAUAUAUCAUAAAUAUUACGAAUUAUUCUAUUUGGAGUUUUUUCAGGUUUUUAUGUCUGAAAUGCCAGAAGUGUAAAACCAAUUUAAGAUUUAAUUCAAGAAUAUAAAUUUUGAUAUGUUACAAACCAAUGUCUUAUGAACAUAUGAAGGAUGUUAUUUGAUAAAUUUGUAAUAGUUUCUUAGUCUUCGAUUUCAAGGGGCGAAAAAGUAGCCUGAUCAUCCAUUCUCAAGAAUGUGAAUUUGUUUAUACUGUGUUUACUAUUACUGUGUUUUGUCUUGUUUUCUGUGUGUCCGUCCAUAAUUUAAUGUAUUAGAUAUUUUACUUAUUGACAUUGUAUAAUUCAGAAAACUGUAUUUGUAGCAUUUAGGACGUAUUUGUUGCAUUUUGAUCUGUUUUAUACCACUUAUAUAUUUUUAUUUUUUCAUUUAUCAAAUUCAAUAAUCUUUAUCUCGA